UUCAUCUUCCUAUUAUAUGUGUAGCUGGACUCGGAGCAGCUGAGCGGGCUGUUGCGGUGUCCCUUUCCCUCGCUUCUUUCUUUUGCAGCUGCUUGGUUGUGAUUUCGGUUUUCCCUUUCUGCUCUGUUUCUCGUCCCCUUCUGGCCGCAGCAGCGGGAGGUCCUGUUGGGGACCUCCUAGUGAGUCACCCGGGUAAUGCAGGAGUCCCCGAGCGAUGCGCUCGCUGCGGUUUGCCCGUCCGAUCUCUGCAGGGAGGGCUUCCACAGCGCCGUCUGAGAAAUGCUUUAACUAUUGAACUAAAGUCUCUGUUUGGAAUGCUCUCCCUGCUUCGUGGCACAUCCAUUGCAGGGAACCUCCCCUGAUUUCGUGUGGCGAGGAUGAAUUGGUUUCAUCAAGUCUCCACCUUCCCGUGAUGGGCUUCAUUCCUUUCCAUUGGGUCAUUCCUUUGCUCGAUACCUCCCCUUCCUGAGCGAAGCCCUUGGAGACCUCCUCGUUCCGUAGCAAUGUCGCUCUUUAGCCAGACCCAUUUUGAGGAAGACAGCCAGGAGCAACCAGCUGUGGGAUACUGGAAACCACUAAUGCCGUCCAAAGGCAGCAAGGAGGAGCCAGAGACUGGAUGCCAGGAUGCAGGCAGCGGGGAUGACAGCCAGUCCGCUGAGCAGCGCAACGUCUCGCGUCUCCGCAGCUCCUCGGUGGAGAUCCGGGAAAAGGGGUCUGAGUUCCUGAAGGAAGAGCUGCACAAAGCACAAAAGGAGCUGAAGCUGAAGGACAAAGAAUGUGAGAGACUGUCAAAAGUCAGAGAACAACUGGAGCAGGAACUAGAGGAGUUAACAGCUAGCCUGUUUGAGGAAGCACACAAGAUGGUGAGAGAAGCAAACACAAAACAGGCGGCGUCAGAGAAGCAGCUGAAGGAGGCAUGGGGAAAGAUCGACAUGCUGCAGGCAGAGGUAACAGCUCUGAAGACGCUUGUGAUCACAUCCACACCUUCCUCUCCAAACUGGGAGCUGCAUCCUCAGCUCCAGAGCCCUUCUAAAGCCGUCUUCAGGAAAGGCCAUGGGCGAAACAAGAGCACCAGCAGUGCAAUGGUCACAGCUGUCAGCCAGAAUGCGACUCCAGCACCAGUCAGUCGUGAGUGCAAAGAGGUCGAUUCCAUUUUAUUUGCCGAGUUCCAAUCCUGGAAGGAAUCUCCAACUUUGGAUAAAUCCUGCUCCUUCCUGGACAGAAUUUACCGAGAAGAUGUAGGACCUUGCCUGGACUUUACUAAGCAGGAGCUGUCUGAGCUGGUCCGAGUGGCUGUGGAGCAGAAUACACUCACCAUUGAGCCUGUUGCUUCCCAGAUGCUACCUGUGGUGAAGGUGUCAGCAGAAGACUCUGGUGGGCCAAAGAAGUGUGCUCUAAGUGGCCUCCCCAGGACCUGCAAACACCGCAUCAUGCUGGGGGAUUCUGGGAAUUACUAUUACAUUUCACCGUCCUGCAGGGCCAGGAUCACAGCGGUGUGCAACUUCUUCACAUACAUUCGCUAUAUCCAGCAGGGCUUGGUGAGGCAAGAUGUGGAACUGAUGUACUGGGAGGUGAUGCGACUCCGGAGGGAGAUGUCUCUGGCCAAACUUGGGUUUUAUCCCAGUGAGAUGUAAGCAGAGGCCUGAGCAUGGAAGGAAACUGCUCCUGUAUGAAGGACUCAUCAGUCGUGGUCUGCCAAGCAGAUGAAUGCAGUGCCUCUCCAGCAGUGGCCUUGCGCCCUCCCCUCCCUCCCUAUGCCUGAUGCUGAUCAUGGAGCAAAAAGCACAAGUUGUCAGCUGUCCCAUUCCUCCCACUGUGACUGGAAUGCAGCUGCCAAGCUACCCUCUGAGAGCUGGGCUGGUCCCAGCUGCUCGGGAGUGACUGUCUACAGACUGUCCUUUAUGGAGAUAUGCAGUGUAUAUCCAUUAUUUUUAAACUUUUGUUUUUAUAUACAGUCUGCUUUGGCAUAAUCUGAGGCCAGCCCUGUGCAAAGCAGGGUCCUGGGCUCCCUUCUUAGUAAGCAAGUCUUUCAGGACAGAUGCUGGCGGUCUGUCUGUCUGUUCCACUCAUUCUUUGGGGUGGAGGGUGCUGAAGCCUGCAAGAGAAGCUUUCUUCCAGCUGAGUCAAGAGGGUUUUGUUUCUGUUUUUUAGCUUGGGAUUUGGCACUGGGUGCUUGUAAUCCAGCUGGGGGGAGCGACUAGGGCUGAGGCCAGAGCCGUGCACCCAGGACCUUUGGGAGAAGGAAGCAAGUAGGGAAAUUGCAUAACUUGCAGCUGGCCAUAGCUUGGCUGCUCUCAGUGCUGGAUAUUUUCUCCUGGCCUUGAGAAUCUGUUGUUGCUGUCAUAGGCAGAUGCAGACCUUGUUAGCAUGUUACCAUGUGACAUUUCCUGGUGCAGAAGUCCCGCAUCGUACUCCUAGAUACAAACCCCACCCACAAACAAAUGCCUUUGUUUUGUCCCUAUCUAAGGUUGGAAGGAACCUGGUCCCAGGCCAGGUUCUUUGUCUCCAGAAGGAGCAUGCUCAUGCUGGGCACAGCCUUGAGGCCCAGAGAUUCCCUUCCUGCUAUAACACCAGAGUUAGAGAUGCGUGUCCGUUUGGAAAACCCAGCGUCUCUCAGGCUGCCAUCCCCAAUGAAGAAACUUGAGGUAUUUUUGCACAGAUGUGAGGGAUGUGGCUGUAUGCUUAAAAACAUGCUGGGAAGGAUAUCACUAUGGCUUUUGGCAAGUGGAGUCCAGCUGUAGCUCAGGCUUGUCUGUACGGAACAGUACUAACACAGUGUCGUAGCCAGUGUAGCCCUUUUUUCAGUCAGUGUAGAGUCGACUCAGCUGCCUCCCCAGGGCUUUCCAUCUCACCUGGCAUUUCUGCUCUCUGGCAUGUUGCUAUGUCUCUGCUGUCAUCGUAAAUCCCCUGUUAGCACAGCGGUGCCACGAAGCAGAUUGCUGCCCCCCACUCCAUUAGGUUCCGUCCUCUCCUGAGAGGUGCCACAGUGGGAACUUUCUGUCUUUGCUGUGGGAAAACUGAGCUGCUGUGGUUUACUUCAGGAGAGGGAAGAACUGAGUCCAGCUCAGACAUGGCUGACCUGCAGGUCCUGUUUGUUACCACUUCUGUUCUGCUUUUACCCCCACCACUGAGUGCCUCUGGUCACCCCAGCUGGAUGAGCGUAUGCAUCUUCACCGAAGGAAUGUAUUUCAAAUGUGGAAAAUACGUCUUUGGGUAAGAAUCUGCAUCUGUUCUAUUGGCGUCUGCAGACCUGUGUCAAUUAGACAUCAGCUUUUGCCAUGGAGAAAAGAGAAAUGUCUUUCCCCCAGCUGCAGAUUUCAGGUCAGUCCUAUCCGUGGCAUUUCUCCUUCUAUCUGUUCCCCCUGACCUUUUGAUCUCUAGGUCUCAUCCUGUGCCAUUAAUUGCUACAUUGCAGAACAGAUGUGGCUACGUUAUUGCGCUGGGGAUGGGAUGAUCUCUAUGUGGGAGGUGGUUGGGGAGAUUGUUUUAAAUGCAGGACGACCUUAUACAAUGCAUUUCUCCACUUCCUUUUAUCUCAAAGUGCUUUACAAAGUGACACCGAGGGGAAACAAAGUGUUGAGAACAAUUUGAAAAUUAACAUGAAGUCACUCCAUUAACAACCGGAUGGUCGCACCUUUAUUAAAGGAAAAAUAAACAUUUGCUGUUAACCUCCUCAAA